AUGACCGUUAACAUGAAUGGAGGACAGUCGGAUCAUAUUUUCGAAGGGACUGAGAAACUACUAGAGAUGUGGUUUUUCGGUCCAGAGUCGGAUAUACAUGGAAAUAGAGCUCAAAUUCGACACAUCCUUGACCUGGCACGGUGCACUGUUUUGGCUGAAAUCCACAACGAGUUUCAGAUACUCUUCCUCAGUGAGAGUAGUUUAUUUAUCACACGGAACCGAAUUAUUCUGAAAACAUGUGGAAAGACAACACUCCUUAAAACCUUGGAACCGCUAACUGAAUUUGCCUACGAACUUGGCUUUACGAAAUAUGUGCUUUACUAUUCCAGACGGUCUUACUUGUUUCCGGAACUGCAGCCACCUUUACAGAGAGACUUUUCAAAUGAAGUAAGUGUGUACAUCGACAGAAAACAUGCUGAUUAUUUUGCCGUCAUGUUUCGCAUGUUUGUUUAUUUACUAGAUUAG